AUGACUGAGUGUGCCAAGGAAUCAUCCAAUACACGCAUUAAUAUGUUGUUUAUGCUGGAUGUAUGUUUGACCGAUGAUUCUGGGACGAACCCAGAUGGUGCUGCUGUAUACCGUGAGUUGGCUGUGCGAGAUCUCCCGGCCCUUAUUGAUAUGAUUGUUCCACCAAAGAGCUGGGAUGCUGUAAUAAACCUUGGAAGUGUGCAACAAAUUCUCUUGGCCUGGCGUUCAAAACGAGUAUUUGAACCUUGCCUCAUUACUACCCUCCUUGACACCAUUGAACAGCGAGCUGCAAGCAUUCGUGAACGCGGACCGGAGGAGAGUAUGUUGAGCAUGGCGCAAGUGUCUCGAUCAGACAUUCUGCGACGAAUCGAAGAAGACCGCGAAAGACAUAAGCACUUAAGAGAAAACAGCUGGAAACUCCCACAAAUGUCUUACUUACAUGCGCUAGACUCUAAGGAUACGAAUCCGGUACAAAGCACUAUGGGUGUCAUUUCGCUCGAGUUUGAGCAGCAAUGGGAAACCACAAGUGACAUUAACGAGGAUGAUUGGCGAAAAAAUGAGGAAGAUAUGACGCACUGGUGGGGACGUCCACCUUUGACUUCACGAGAAGCAUAG